UGCCGUUCUCGCAAAAUCCCUUAUUAGCCUAAUUCGUAGUAGGUACAGUAUAUUCCUCCAUCCGUUGGAUGUUUCGCACAGCCCAGUGAAUAUAAUGGCAGAGCUCCCCUACACGCUUGUUAGAGGCCUCAGUUUAGACUCCUGUAAUGGCUCACACGCCAAGGCAAGCGGUCAUCCCUCCGGAACUGCCAGUUAUUCUGAUGCGGUUUACAGAGGAUGCCAUCAGAACCCAGCCGGAGGAUAUUACUGAAUGGGCAGCUCUGUACUUCAGAGCGGUGGUCCAGGGAAACCCUCUUCCUGUGAGAGAGGUGCUUCCCAUGCCUGACUCUGUGGACCUCAAACCGGAAAUUCUCACUGCCAUGCAUGCACAGCUGGGCAUGAUGGACAUAGUAAAUAAGCUGGAGGUGGAGAAGGUGUGGCGGAGCUUUGGUCUGGCUGAGGAACUCCUUGCACACAUCUUCUCUAUCGGCUCUUUUGGUGAAAAGCUUGAAUGGAUGAGAUUCUUCGCUCUAAACUGCAGCUACCUAGGAGGGACAUUUAGGAAGUCUAUGGCUCAUGCAUGCUUUAUACUGGGCAGUGACCCCACCUGCAUGCACUCUGAUGCAUGUUUACCAUUUGAGAUGUUCCAUGACCUUUACACCUAUCUGGUAGAGAUGGACCGAGAGGUUUCCCAGGCCCAGGUUGACAUAGCACUUGCUUACCUGGAGGCACAAGCGAAGGCAAAUAAUGGCAUGGUGAAGGUGUCUGAUUUCAUCAACUGUCGUAAAGUGUGUUUGGGAUGAGCAUCUAAUGCGAUAACGAGAGGAUGAGCGCAGAAUGAAACCUCAUCCACCAUUUUCC